GUUUAUAUUGACUACUCAACUGUGUUACAACCGGUGUUUGAGACCACAAGUAAAGCCGCUAAAAAUGAAAAACUUUUUGUGAGCGGAUUACCGAUUAGUAAAAAGGUCACAAAAGAGUUCUAGCGCUUUCAGGUGCCUACUUUCUUCAUUUCUUGGAGCGAUAAUCUUGUGUAAUUUACAAAAUUACACCAUCACCAUGUCCGGUUUAGUCGAGUACGCCAAGGAGAUGGUCCUAUGGGCAGACAGCGUAGCUGAUCCAAGAACCAAGGACUGGUUCUUUGUGCAAAGUCCGGUGCAACCUUACAGCCUGGUUAUGGUGUACUUGCUAGUGGUGUGGUGGGGGCCAAAGUACAUGGCGGACCGUAAACCCUUUGAUCUGAAGUACUUAAUGAUGGCGUAUAAUCUGUCAUUGGUUGUUCUCUCGGUCUACAUGUUUAAAGAGUUCUUGGUCACAUCUAUUCUCAACCCAAACUUCAAUUCUGUAUGUGAACCGGUUGACUAUUCUGACGACCCAAUGGCUCUCAGGUUGGCUUCUGUCUGCUGGUGGUUUUAUAUCUCCAAGGUCAUUGAACUUUUGGACACGGUCAUUUUUAUCCUCCGGAAGAAGAACAGCCAGGUUUCCUUCUUGCAUGUCUAUCAUCACUCUACAAUGGUGAUGCUGUGGUGGGUCGGAGUACGUUGGGUUGCGGGGGGAAACACAUACUCUGGUGCUAUGGUGAACUGUCUCAUCCACACCCUAAUGUACUCGUAUUACUUCUUAACAGCCCUUGGGCCAAGCAUCCAGCCAUUCUUAUGGUGGAAGAAAUAUCUAACAUCCCUGCAACUGAUCCAGUUUUUCGGGAUCAUGAUCCACAGCUUCGCCGUUUUAUACCAUGAUUGCGGUUUUCCCCGACCCUACGUCUACUGUCUGAUGGCCUACCUUCUCAGUCACAUCAUUCUCUUCACCAACUUCUACCGUAAGAGCUACAGUGGCAAGAAAGCGAAAGGCAAAGCAUCCGGGGAGACUACCGAGCAACGAGAAGACAACGGAAGGUAUAACCUUCGUAAGAGACCUGGUAAAAAGUAGGGGGUUUUCACUGUAGCCCUUUUCAUGCUGUAUUUAUCAUCCCUGUGUGGAAUCCAGACUUUUCUUUACCCCAUGGUCACCCCGG